AUGGCGAUAUCUUCCUCCAAUGCUGCCCUUUCGGGCUCAAAGAAACGAAAGCGAAUCGCCGCAGACGAAGCUGCAAGAAAACCGAAAUCGAAGCCAAAAGACUUACCCGUCAUCACCAAAGCUGUAAUACUGCGACCAGCUCCAAAGUCGAAAAAGCCUGUAGAGCCGACGAGCGAUGAAGAUGAAGAAGAAGACGAGGACGAGGAUAUGGAGAGUGCUAGCGAGGAUGACGAGGACGAUGAAGAUGAAGACGAUCUUGCAUCACGACAAGCUGAAAUGCUUCGAUUAGAAGAGGAUAUCGUUUCUGCGAAAACAGCUACGGCGCGGACAAAAGGCCUAAACAGUCUAUUAGAACAGCUUGAGGAUGAAUCGGAAGAAAUCGCCAUUAUGACUGCUGUCGGGCUAUGUCGUACAUUCUGUCGGUUAAUGAACAGAGGGCAACUGGUUCGACACAAGGAGCACAGUCCUGAACAAUUAAAAAUGGUGAAGGAAGCCAAAGAAGCAUAUAUCAACUACCUGAAUAGUUUGGGGGGCAUGCUCGAAGGCGGUGAAGGGACAUCUUUAAAGCUAGCAAUGAGGGUAUUGAAGGAGGAAUCGAUCCAUAUGAAACCUCCAGAGGGCUACUACUUCCCGUUCCUCACCUACGGCGUUGUUAUAAAGCACCUACUUCUCUCCGACAGCCCAGAUCUUGUCACAGUCUUUGCGACGGAAUAUAUCUAUGAAUUCUCUGAUUUGAGACUCGAGUUCUUCAAGGCAAUACCGACAGUGUCAAAAGAAGUUCCCCUUUCGAAUACUAGAUAUUCCGAAAAUCUCUUCAACAUAUUAUACAACCUUAAGGAUCUACCUUCGACAUCCGAGGAAUUAACAGAUCUUAAUCUUUAUAUAUCCGCACCAACCAAGAAGAAGCAUCCUUUAUUCCAGAUCGCAGCCCACCAGCGGUACUUUCAAGAAACAUGGCUCGCCUUCCUCUCACGACCUCUCCCAUCAAAGCAACGAGACAUCCUUACAAUCCUGCCAAAGCGUAUAAUUCCAUACUUUCCGAAUCCACGACUUCUAAUGGACUAUCUAACCGACACCUACAACACCGGCGGAGUUAUCGCACUGCUCGCACUCCAAGGCCUAUUCAACCUAAUGAUGUCUCAUAAUCUUGACUACCCGAAUUUCUUUCCAAAACUUUAUGCCCUACUAGAUCGCGAUCUCAUGCACGUUAAAUACCGAUCACGAUUCUUCAGGCUGCUAGAGCUAUUCUUGAACUCCAGCCAUUUGCCAGCGGUACUUGUCGCCAGUUUUAUAAAGCGAAUGGCAAGGUUAUGUUUGGCUGCACCUCCGAGUGCCAUCGUUACGGUCAUUCCGUUUACGUACAAUCUGAUGAGGCUGCAUCCAACAUGUACAUUUAUGUUACAUCGGGUGCUAGGCAAAGAGGUAGAUAGCAAGUCAUUAUUGACAGGAGGAUAUGCGGACCCAUUUAACGAGGAUGAAGUGGACCCGCUUAAAACAGGAGCAUUGGAAAGCAGUUUGUGGGAGCUCGAGACGUUACAAUCGCACUACCAUCCGAACGUGGCGACUCUAGCCAAGAUCCUAUCUGAACAAUUCACAAAGCAGCAGUAUAGUCUUGAAGAUUUCUUGGAUCAUUCAUAUACUAGUAUGCUCGAGGCAGAAAUGACAAAGAAGAUUACUAGGGAUCCGGUUGUGGAGUAUAUUGUUCCUAAGAAAAUACUCUCUGAGGAAGAGAAGAAGGAUGAUGAUGCCCUCUUAGCCCCAGCGCAAAACAUGCUGCUAGACCUUUGGGAUUUUGAGUAG